GAACCUACUCAGAUAUAUAGAUUCCUAGGCACAAGGCAAAUAAAUUCACCAAUAUUCCUUCCACGAUGUUUAACCUACAUGAAACAUCGCAUGUCAAGAACACAUUCUAAAAGAAAAAAUUAUAAAGUUGAUAGUAUCUUAGAGAAAGUUACAGCUCAUCAGCGGGCUAUAGCAUCUGAAAGGCCUUCUGGUCAUUUAAUAAUCACUUUUACGGGGUAUUACGACAGGCUAAAAGGUUCUGGUGACACAGUUUGCAUAGAGGCAACACUUUUAAAAAUUUGUCAUAAGAAAAGAAAAGAUGUAUCAUCUCCUGUGAUGCAAAUAUCAGUGGGAAAGUGUGAAGUUCACAGGAAUCCUGAUGUCAGUAAUCCUCCUGCCAAAGUCACUGCCAUUUCUGUACCAAAUGAUAAUUUUAAUUUACAUAAUGGACAUCUAGUCAAGUCUUAUGUACUUUUAUUGCGUGCCACAUGUCCGAUGAACAAAAUGAAAGUUAAUGGCUACUGUAAUGGAGAUAUGUCAGAUAUCUUGGAUGAACCUGCUCAGAAAAAAAGGAAACAUUUAAAGACGCAGAAUGAUGAAGUUCGAUACUAUGGAGCUGAACUUGUAGUCUACGAUAAGCACCAAAGAUGUUUACUGACGGAUGGCGAAUAUCAAUUAGUAUUACAAGAAGUGGGGCAAAGGAAUUCACCAAAGAAGUUAUCGUCUUGGGAAACAUUUCCCGAAGGCAAAGAGAAGGUACAGAUCACAAAUGUGACUUUAUCACAAUAUGAGACAAUUAAUCUUAUUGAUGUGUUUGGGAAAGGACCCUUAGUGACAUUCCAUUUGCAAUGGAAGGACAACUUGGUCAAUGGGAUGGUGGAUAGGCCACAGCCAGCUGUGAAACCAAGUGAUUUACUGUCAUCAAAUGGUUUAACAAGUGUUAAACAAGACUUUCAACUUCAAGAGAGACAAAAGAAAAUGCGUAUUUUUUAUCAGUUCCUGUACAACAAUAACACUCGGCAGCAAACAGAAGCACGAGAUGAUUUCCAGUGUCCUUGGUGCCGAGUGAACUGCAUUGAGCUGUACUGUCUGUUGAAGCAUCUUAAGCUAUGUCAUAGUCGUUUCAUCUUCAAUUAUGUUCCACAUCCCAAAGGUGCUCGCAUCGAUGUAUCUAUUAAUGAAUCCUAUGACGGCUCUUAUGUAGGAAAUCCAAAUGACUUGCACUCUACAGGUUUUGCAUUUAGUAGAACUGGACCUGCGAGGCGAAAUCCAGUUACACAUGUCAUUGUCUGUCGACCUAAAAGGCCAGCACCUAGUUUAUCCGAAUUUUUGGAACCAGACGACACCGAUGCCGAUGGUCCUCGUUCAUAUAUUUCUGGUCACAAUCGCCUGUACUAUCACACCGUAACCUGCCUCUCUGUGAGACCACAGGAAAUAGAUAUAGACAGUGAAUCCGAGAAUGAUCCCGAAUGGCUACGAAUCAAAACACAGCAUAUGAUUGAUGAAUUUACGGAUGUUAAUGAAGGUGAAAAAGAAUUAAUGAAGAUGUGGAAUCUUCACAUUAUGAAAUAUGGGUUCGUUGGAGAUUGCCAGAUACCAUUAGCAUGUUCGAUGUUUAUUGAAGAGCAUGGUAAAAAUAUUCUGAGCAAGAGGUUAUAUAGAAAUUUCCUACUUCACUUGUGCAACCUUUUUGACUAUGGUUUAAUCAGUGCAUCUGUUGUUUAUCACACAAUGCAUCAACUUAACCAGAUUAGAGAUGAAAUUGAAAAUAAAAAUGGCCUAUCUUGGUCAUCAUAGUACACUGAGUUAUUAACUGUUCUACCACAGUUCUUUCAAUGUGUAAUGGAAUUAAUCUGUAAGUGUGGCUUAUGAACUUUAUAACUGCCAGCUAAGUUGAAGAAUUGUUACAUCAAGAAGCUGACUGCUCCUCUCAACUGUAAUCUUGAAGCUGGAACUGUAGCGUUUGUGUCACAGUCUGUAUGAGCAAGAAUUCACAAAAUAUUCGUAUGAAAGAAAAGGAUCAUCAUAAUAGUAAAAUUUAACUCUCCCCUACACCUUUCUUUUUUCCUCCACAUCGUACAAUAUUAGUUUCUGAAUUUGUUUUGUGGCAAGAAUGAAGCUAUGAUUACAUUUUGAAAAAUUGAAUAUUAUUAUUACAGUACAAAGUCAAAAAUCUGGAUUCUACCAGCAGCCAAAUAAAAUUAUGAAUCUAGGAAUAGGGAAUAUGAUACUAAAAAGGGGGGAAACGUAUGCCAUAAAUGCAAUUUCCCCCCCCUCCCAUCUGAGAUUCCUGCAAAUCACUUUCAAAUACCUGCUGGCUAGGGAGACGCACCAUAGCCAUUAAAAAUAUAUUUGGUUGAUAUCGGCUAGGAUUAUUUUGUCAUCCGGUGUAAUCUAAAUUCUGCUGCCCAGUACGUCUGUAAAUUCUAAAAAUUUUGUGAUCACUGACUUAUUGAUUGCUCUGUACUCCUCUAAAUUGUAAAAUUAUCCCCACAAAUGCUGCCACUUGGCAAUGUCAACUCUGUUGUGAGGUUAGCAUUCCUCUAUCUGAUCAAAACAAUAAGUGAAGCCUUAAUGUUACCAUAUGCACAUGCCAUUUUAGUAGAUUUAAAUUGAUCUAAAAUUUGGAAUCGUGAGAUCUCAGACCUUGUAUUGUAUUUUUAAUAAUUUGAAAAUACGUUAUUUGGUUGGAAACUACGUAGAAAAAAAUAUGGAAAAAUUAUUGUAAUGUUAGUGAGUAUGUGAGUCAUAAAAUCCUAUAUAGGCAUGGCUUUUACGUGUAAAUAAAUUAAUGCCAUUCUUAUUUAUAAUUCUUGGCACUUGAUUAGUGUUGCCUGGAUAGCUUAUUUGUUAUGAAAUGAAAUUGGUAUGAUAACUAAAUAGUUCCUUGUAUGAAACAAGUGAAGGCAUUUUUUUAAUAAAGACAUUAGUUUUUGAUUUUGUAUUUAAUGUGUUUGUUUUAUUUACCAAAAAAAAAAUGUUUUAUUAAUUGAAGAAAAGUUUUCUUGCUAUAGUGAUAUUUAAGAAAACUUCUGCUGUUUGAUUUGGACAGUUGAUUUUUUAAGCUGAAAGUAUCAUUUCAUUAUUGUAUAUGCUUAAAAAAAUUAAUAUCUGGCAAAUUUGAAAUAUUAGCGUGUAUUUUUGUUUAAUUAUUCUUUCUGUAAAAUAUCUGCGAUAUAUUUUGUAUAUCAAACUUGUAAGUAUGAUUAUCAGUGUGUUAUUUCCUUGUGUGUAUGAUUUUAUAAUGGCAUUGCCAUUCUAUUAACAUAAAAUACUCUAAGAUACGUAGAUAGAGUUGUUCGAAUCGGUUAACUUGUUUAUAAUUUUCUCAAAACUUUUGCAAAACAUAAUUGGCAUCUGUCAUCAAAAAUUGACAAUUAUUAGCCAAUUUUAUGUAAUUAUUGUAUCAUAAAAUAUUUAUUUUAAGCAAGUGCAUGUUAGUGGUGCACAGUUUUAACCUGUACACUGCAUUUUUUUUUUAUUGCAUCACCAAAAAAAAUCUUGGUAAUUUUUGUUGCAAAAUCCCCUCCCAUACACACACACACAGAGAAAUUGACAGUAGCCAAUUUACACUGUGCAUUUCACUUCUGAAUGUAAAUUUAUAGUGUCAUAAAAAAUAUAUCUGAGAGAAACGCUGUUUGAAAUUUUUAAAUGUUUGUGCAUGAGAUGUAUAUAUUCGUCAAAACUGUAAAAGCAAAAAAGAUGAUUUUAAAAAAGUAAUCAAUUAAUAAUAUCGUUCCAUCUUGAUUUAACUUUUCUUAGUAAUGUGUUUCUUAAAGUUUUGCAAGAUAAAAUUGUAUAUCACUGCCAAAGAUUCCAUUUGAGAUGCUUAUAUUGUUUAUAUAUCAUUUUUAAUAAUGUGAAGGGCUUAUUAAAAAUGAGGUUUUUCCCUAUGUUUUAAAAAAUGUUUUUAUUUGUUACAUGACAUUAUUACUCUUAUGACAGAUGGGUAAAUUUAAAAAUUUAUAUCUGAGUUAUUUGGUGAAAUUUUUAUGUUGUGAUUAAUAUUUUAAAUACAUAUUUUCAUGUUGUGUAAAUAAUAAAUGGUAUUUGUUGGUUAUAGCCGCAUUGUUGAAAAACAGGAAUUGGCACAUUUUUAUAUGUUGAGCAUAUAGUUGUUGAUAUAACUUCGUAAUUUAAUACAAUUUUGUAAGCCAGUCAUUUACCCCCUAAGAAGCAUUUCUUUUUUGCACCAGCUUAUGAGAAAUUGUAUUUGAAUGGCAUUUUGGAGUGGGACUAAAUUUGUAUAAUUAGUUAUUAUAGUCUCUAUUUUAUAAAUUUUCAUUCAUUUAGAUAAUAUUUAGGUUGUUAAAGUGAAUAUGAAAAUUAAUUAUUUUAAAUAAUAAAGUAACGUACACGAAAUGUCCUGCCUGAAUAAAGGCAGUCAUGUCACCUAGGAUGAAAUUAAGCAACAUGUAGGAACUUACUGCAUGCAUAAACUAUGUGUGUGUGUAUCUAAGCUGCAGCCUAUGUUUUACCUCCAAGUUAAAUUCUCGAGGAUAAGCUGCAGAUGAUGUAUUUACAAUAUACAAUAUUUUUCAUGGUUUGGAGGUGCAUCUAGAAUGAAAAUGCUACUUACCACACACCGAGGCAAAAGUUUUAUUAUCAAUCAAUAGGAAAAUGUUUUUAUGCUUAGCACCUCUUAUUCACCAUCUUUUUGCAUUUAGCUUUUCUUAUUCACUGUCGUUGUACAGCUGUUGUCCUAUGAUGUAGUGACAAACCAUUCCUAAGGAUAAAAUGUGCACAACAUCCUGCACUUGCUCUAAAAUGUCUGAUCUUCAUCAAAUCAGUUUAUUCAUAAGCCUGGGAGUAUAUCAUUUCAACGGUUACAGCAUAACUUGAACUUCUUUUUUCAUUCAUAUACCAUUAAGUCAAUAUCAGCUUGGUUCCCAUUUUCCUCAGAGAAUCAGAUAACUUGCAGUUUAAAAUUUGCAUUAUAGUUCAAUCAGUUUUUCUUCAAGCAGUCUGCAACCACAGCUAAACUUGUACAAUCCUGUAUAAUGUUCACUCAACAACAGGGGAUUUUAUACUUAAUUGUUAAAUACUCAGUACUGUAUUGCUACUUGUUUAUAUGUAACUAUUUUUAAUCAUUUGUAUGUAUAAGCUGCACCUGAUUUUCAUCUGCUUGUUUGGGGAAAAAAUGUGAGGCUUAUACACAAAAGAAUACAUAAGUACUCAGAAUUACUACAACAUGCACAUGUAACACAGAACUACUUCAAAUGGCAACCACAAGAUAGUCUUUUUACCAACAUAUUGUAUUAUGUACAUUUCAACAAAUUCUUUUGAACGGUAAAAUAUUGUUCUGUUGGGAAAGAAUAUUUGUAGCAUCUUUUUUUUCAUCAGUGGAAAACUGAAAAUAGUAAACAGAUUAAAUAUUUGUCAUCGAAAAAUUCAUGAGAAGAUUGGUAGCCGUGUGUUUCUCACCAAGGCUGUUAUAACCAUUGAAUGCCAAUAAAUUUUUGCACACAUUCUUUUAGCUUUAUGAUAUGGAGUAAGGUUUGUAUUUGUAUAUAGUUUGAUGCAAGAACAUGAAGUUCUAAAGUACUGCCGAUUUUUUUUCUUUUGUUUUAUUUUGACUCAUAAACCUGCCCACCUCUGUUGCCUUACUAAUGUUCUAAUAAAGGACAUAAAAUAUUUAAUGAUAGUUUUACAGUGAAUAAUAAUAAUAAAAAAAAUGGUGUCUUUUUACAACAAAGCUACUACUGCCAUCAGAUUUUUCGUAAUAUCGUCUUGUGAAGUGUUGUUUGCUCAUGUCUGAACAAGUAUUUUUUCCCCUCCAAUUUUUUACAAAGUUGAUAGCUGUUUUGGUUUACUGUCUGUCUAUGGAAAGUUUGUCUUAUUAUAUUUUUGUAUAUAUAACCAUCACUUUUUAUAAUAAAAACAUGUUGCAUCAUCAGAACAACAAUCAUUUUUAAGGAAAUAUCUCACAUAUCGAUACAGCGUAAAGCAUUUUUAUUUAUUCCAUUCUAUAUACUGACAAAUAGCUGUAAUAAUUCUUAAACAAGAUAUAUGAUACAUCUUUGCUUUGUGAAUUGUAAUUUUUCAUGUUAUGCUAGUAAUUAGUAUCUGAGCAAAACACUUCACAGUCAGUACAACAUGUAUAGAGUGCUUGGUUCAUUUUUAAGAAAAAAAGUUUUCUAACUGUUUGAUGUUUAAAUGUGAAUGAAUUGUAUGUAGAAUAUUGUAGAUUUUUUUAAAACUAUUUUGUGUUCAAAUUCAACCUUUAACACUUUUUUAUAUUAGUCUAGAAGAAAUAUGGAAACCUCCUUUCUUUAUUGAGGAAGAAUUAAGGGGACCAUGUUAAAAUCUAAUUGGAGAGAAUAUUCAGAAAUCCAAUUGGACAGAGUUAAGCAUAAAACUGAAAAGGCAUAAAUCUGUUUGUUGUAAAAUAGAUUUUUUCCUAAAGUGGUUUUUGGAUUUUCCGAAAGUGGUUUAUUCAAAUGUAUGGAUUAUACUUUGAAUUUUCAUCUAUUUCAGUUUGUAUCAAUGUAUGAGUUAGUAAUUUUGUUUCACAUAAUUUGUAAUUUAUCCCAUUGCCUUUUGUUUCUGUGUUAUGCUGUCUUUUAAUAAAGUUUUCCGUGGUUUAGAAGA